UGAUAAGGUUUCAUCUGCUGAAAGGUCGCAACUUAUUUCUAGGAUGUGCACUGUUCUCUUUACCAGUAGGUUCAAUUGAUUGGCAAGGUUCCAUCGUCAUUAGUCGUUCGUCGUUUUUCUCCAACGUUUUUGUAGAGCAUCAAACAUCCUAUCAUUGUUCAGAUGAAAUAUCUUACUCUCAUCUUUCUUCUUUGUUGUGUAUUCAUUGUCUUCUUCUAUUUCUGGUUCAAUUAAAGGAGAACGGUAAAGCUGCAUUUUUUUAAGACGGGGAUUUGUUAUGAGUUGAGUAUAUAGGACCCACAAACAUGACACAGAUGUUUCUAUUCAGUAACUGUAGUACACAUUUUUUGGUUGUUUACACUUGGUAACAGGGUUAAAAUGUAAUUGGAUAAGAGUAAUGUGAUUGAGGGCGCAGUUCGAUUCUUGGUUCUGAUGUUUGAUUUGAGGUGCUGUAUCUGAUGUUGCAGCAUGAACAUACUGGGGUGGACACUCAUGGCGGCUCUUGGAAUGAAUGCAUCCAUAAGGUUGGUACUAGAAUCGUAGGCCCUCGGAAAAAUCUCUCUCUGCAUCUGAAAUGGUUCCCUGGUCAUGCAAGAACGGCAAAGUUCUCGCUCAUAGUGGCAGUGAUCUCCUCGUUCAUGGUUGGUCUGGUCUUGUCGGCGAUCUUGCUUGCCACUCAGGACAUAUAUCCAUCCCUAUUCUCCAGCGACUCAUCCGUCCAGGCUCUGGUCAAGGAGCUCACGCCAGUGCUGGCCUUGUGCAUCAUCAUCAAUAACUUCCAACUAGUGCUCUUGGGCGUGGCCGUUGGAGCUGGAUGGCAAGCCGCAGUCGCAUAUGUGAACAUUGCCUGCUAUUAUCUGUUUGGAGUUCCCCUGGGUCUGAUCUUUGGCUUUAAGCUAAACUGGGGUGUCAAGGAGGACUUACAAGCCUGGUGGUCGUGGUAAAGGUUGUGGUUCCAACAGUACAGCUCCUCCAUGCACUGGGUAGGUGCCCUGCACCAUAUACUAUUAAAAGUGCCUUGUAUCUGUUGGUUGUACUUUAUAUUGUCGGAUGGAUUGUCUGUUUUUUUCAGGCUAAGCUUGUCGAUCUUUUUUUUUUGAGAUACUAUAUUCUCUUUUUCCUUCUGCUGAUCUUCUAGUAUGGUCUUCUGUAGAAACUAAGUGGAUUUAAUCAUAUGAGUUUGAAUUUGACUUUAAAUUGGAUGCUGUAUGCUAUGGACCAGAAUAAUAAAGUAGGAAACUGCCUCAUUGAUAAUCUGUGUGUGUCUAAGAGGAUGAUAAUUAUUAGUCACUACAUUUUAAACUCAUAGAUGGUAUAGGGUGACUCAGUUAGGCCUAACCUUUUACAGAGGCAGAUUGGUUACUCACCACUGUGUGCAUUCUUAACUUUCUUCAUAGAAUGAUUCGAUCCAUGCUUGGGGCCUAGACACACAACUUGGUUACUGCGC